GGUAUUGAUUGGAAGUGUGUCCGUUACAUGAUCGCAGAAAUUCAAUACGGUGGGCGAGUGACGGAUGACUUCGACCUGCGCCUCCUAAUUACCAUCACGCGUGCGUACUUCCAGGAGCGCAUGUUCGCCUCCGACUUUGAAUUGACUGCAAAUUACCCGAUCCCUCGGUUUUACACACCCCAAGAGUAUUUGAACUAUAUCGCCAACGAGCUACCGCAUCGAGAGUCCCCGGAAGCGCUUGGUCUUCAUUCAAAUGCGGAGAUCACCUACUCGGCUCAGUGCACAAGCUAUAUUCUAUCCACUAUCGUGUCAAUUCAGCCCAAAGAUUCUACUGCCGACUCCAGUGAUGAGACAUCUGGCGGAGGGACGCCGAUGGUUGUGGAGACUCGCGAAGCGGUUGUCCAUCGCAUGUGCACAGACAUGCUUAACAAACUGCCACCAGCCUACGUGGCCUAUCAAGUGGCGGAGCAAAUUGAGACGCUGGGCUCCUUAAAACCAAUGACUAUCUUUUUGAGGCAGGAGGUAGACCGCAUCAACAAAGUUAUCCUACUUGUUGGAAGCACCUUGACUGACUUGCGUUUGGCUAUAGACGGAACGGUGGUUAUGAAUGAUGUCCUCAAAGAUGCGUUAGACUGUAUAUACGACGCUCGUGUUCCUGCUGUAUGGACCAAGGGCUCAUGGGAUUCUUCAACACUGGGCUUCUGGUACACUGAGUUACUGGAGCGCAACGCACAAUUUAGCUCAUGGCUAGAGAAUGGCAGACCAGUGUGUUUCUGGAUGACCGGUUUCUUUAAUCCGCAAGGAUUCCUAACAGCUAUGCGACAAGAAGUGAGCCGUAUGCACGAAGGCUGGUCCCUUGAUAGUGUUGUGUUGGCCAGCAAGAUGACUCGCGCAAACGCCGAAGAUCUGAAGGAGCCUCCGUCGGAGGGUGGGGUGUAUGUAUAUGGGCUGUUUCUCGAAGGUGCCUCAUGGGAUCGCCGCACAUCUCGGUUAGUCGAACCGAGGCCGAAGAUUUUAUACGACCCAAUGGCCGUGCUAUGCAUCUACGCUGUUCAGGAAUCUCAGGUGAACAAAAGACAACUUGGUGGUGGUGGUGGAGGGAGUGGUGAGGCGAAGGGUGACCUUCAACGACAACACUACUCCUGCCCUAUUUACAGAAAACCAAGGCGAACGGACUUGACUUACGUCGCCAGUGUUGACCUCGGCUGUACAAAGACAGCAGAUCACUGGGUUCUUCGAGGAGUGGCCCUGCUCUGUGAUAUCAAAUAAUGGCAUUAGGCAGAGUAUAAUGUAUUCGUCGGGGAGUUCGACCUACAUGCAUUAUUUUGCUUUGUCACCAGACGAACUCCAAUCCAGUAAUAUUUCAUCCAUCCUCUAUUUCAGCAAAAUAUUCCCUCCGCAUGGUGUCCGUUUCCAUGAUAUGGACAUGUUCAGUUGUUGUCUUUCAAGCCUUCAACAAGUAACAAGGAUGAAGACCAUGUACAAUACUCUGUCUUUUACCUUCCCAUAAUUUCGGAAGAUGGAUCAACUCAAGUAUUACGCAAUAAAGUAAUUGCCUUAACCGGCAAAACCCAAUAGAUGUUUCCCAUUUAUGUUAAUCAACAUUGAGCGGUUAGUAACAAAAGAUUGUUACCCAUGAAAGACCGUCACCUUCGGUAGCUGGAUUAUAGUUGAUAACUGGACUCUACUGUUCGUCUUCACAAGAUGUGUAAGUAGAAUAAGAAGUUUGGGUUGUGGAAUACCUGGCAUGCGAUCACAAGGAAGAGAACAUAGACCAGAGCAGACCUAUGUUUUCUAAUGGUGUUUUGUAGGUGACCGUAAAGUGACUCGGAAACAAAUUCAAGGAAGUGGUAUCGGUGCAUCAGUUGUUCUAAACGUAGGCUGACCUCUGGUUUUAUUCUGAGGCCAGAAAAAGAAGUGGCUUUUUUAUCCACGUGCAGCAUAACAUGUUUGAAACUGAAUCUCCAUAACUUGACUAGUUGAAGUAUCACUCAAACUACAAACAUGUCAUGUACAGAGCGAUCGAACAAUGCCAAAAUGUAACAAUG